AGUUUAGGUUUUGUUCUAGUUCCUAUUUUUAAAUUUCAGUUACAAUUGUAGAGAGUUAGCCGAAGAAAUAUUAAUUAAUAAAAGGUUACCUUUCUUCCCCCUUUCCUAUCCCCCUAUUACCCUUUUUUGGCAAGCUAGAGUCGGCAUUUCAGUUAUUUGAACUUUGAAAAUUGAAAAAAACAUCUUGCUUAAUGAGCAAAACGCAUUCAAUCGCGCACGUAAAGUGAUUAUCAAUAUUGGUGUGUGUGGAGUCCUUUAACCCAACCAGCUGAAGCAGAUUGAUGUAUGAUAAUUUCUAGCAACAAUUUGAACCAAUAGAAUAGAUUAAUUUCCUUUAAAGACAAACAUAAAAAAGCCGUAGCUAAUAAACAGGUGAAAGCGUCAAACUGUGAACUUAACGGGGAAUUCGAAUCUCGUCUGGGCCAUAAACAACUGCUCAGAUUAAAGGCAGGUUCUGAUAAAGGCGGGGUUUCAUCAAUCUAAAUGAAAUGGCGAAUAUUUCUGUCAACACGAGUCUUUAUAACUCCCUGUCACCUUUUAACGUAGCACUGGUUGUUCUUUACUCGAUCAUCGUGGUCGUAGGCCUCGCAGGGAACAGCUUAGUCAUCGCCAUUGUGUGUAAAACAAGGUCAAUGUUUACCCAGACGAACAUCUUGCUGGCGAACGUUGCGGCGGCAGACAUCAUCUCACUAUUAUGGUGUCCAAUACCUUUAGUGAUUGGCCUUUCUGGUACAAACAUCUCUGGAGAAACAGCAGACUACAUUUGCAAAUUCUUUACUGGAUACUCAGUAACGUGUAUUACUGUUCCGGUAACUUUCCUGAGUUUGAUGAUUUUAGCGGUGGAGAGGUUCCAUGCCAUCGUCAAACCCUUCAACUCUGCAUUGGCGCUCACGAACAACCGUAUGGGUUUUGUUAUUGCUUUUAUCUGGAUCAUGGCAGCGGCCCUUUCCUUGCCGGGGUUCAUUUAUAGUGAAUACGAUGAACAGUUAGGAAGGUGCCUGGAUCCAUGGACUCUUGAGAAAGCAGGUUCAGUGCAAUGGCUUUUUGUCAUGCAAUUGGGUCUGUCUUUUCCUUUCUCGUGCUGUUUGUUUUAUUGCUAUUUUCAGAUACUGAAAGGAAUAUUCAUUAACAGAACUGUUUGUUCAGCAGAAACUGCAUCUUCAAGGCAGUCGAAUGUAAAGGAAAAGCGAAAACUCGCUUUAAUUUCUUUUACUGUCACAGUUGCUUACCACUUGUGUUAUCUGCCAUUUUUGGUGUUUGAGCUCUACACAGCUUUUCAACCUUAUCAAGCAAUUUUGGAUAACUACGAAGAUUUCUAUAAAGUUUAUCGAGUCGUUGGGUUUGUUAUGUACGUUAACUCAUGUUUGAAUCCGUUUUUCUAUGGCUUUCAGAGCUCGAAUUACCGAAAGAACUUUAUAAGACUCUUUACUAGAAAAACAAUGUCAGACAACAACUCCAUGACGCUCUGGUAAAGCCCCCUUGUUGAAAAACAAAAACAAAUUGCACUGAUAUAGCCCU